AUGAUGAUCAGAAAGAAAACAUCUACAACACGUCUUCCUCAGAGCCUCCUGCAACAACUCGACGAGUCUUCAGAUCAUCCGCAGAAAUUCCAUCGUACUCGUUCACUACCUCGCAAAGAGGCGAGGAAGCAAGAACGAACAUCCCAAAAGCAGAAGAAAGUCGCGUACUUUUCACAUUCUCGCAAUGCGCAAAAACGUCCAGCGGAAGAAGAACAUCAAGAGUCCCCACAACGCAAGAAGCCUCGUCAAAACGCUACCCCGGUCAAUACCCCCACUGCCGCUCCAAGUUUCAAGAAGUCGAUAGAGCAAAACUAUGAGGCUUCCAGUACAACUCAAGGUUCGAACAGCAAGCCUCGUCCGGUCGAGAAAAGGCAGAAGGCACAUACUGUCGCUCACCUGAAAGGCCGGAAAGAGGAGGAAGAGGACAAUUACAUCGCGUAUCUAGAGUCGAAGCUCGAUCUCCUUGACUGGGCCGAUUCCGUUGUAACAUCUUCAAAGAACGUCCAGCCUGAACCUGAAGACACCGAUGGUUCAGACGAGGACGGGGACGACUCUGAUAGUGAGAGCUCUGGGAACUACGACGACGGAGAAGAAUGGAAUGGCAUUUCUCGCGACAGUCCGGCGCUAGAGGCGCCACCCAAUAGCAACCCGAUGGAAACUGCGAUCGCAGAACCAGCUCCGACAAGUUCAUACGUUCCUCCACACCUGAGAAAGCCCCAACGACAAGAUGAUGCUAACUCGGGAACGAUCCUGAAAUUAACAAGACAACUGAAAGGUCUUCUGAAUCGAAUGAGCGAGCAAAAUAUCGGGACAAUCAUUACCAGCAUCGAGGAAGUAUACAGAGAACAUCGUCGGAAUGAUGUCACCUCGACUCUGACAACCUUAAUCAUCAACGGCAUCUCUUCACACUCAAUGUUGCUGGACUCUUAUGUCGUUCUAUACGCAACUUUCGUCGCUAGCUUGCACAAAAUCAGCGGAGUCGAAUUUGCCGCCUACAUCGUCCAGUCAACAGUCGCGGCGUACGAAAGACAUUUCCACGACAUGCAGGACGCAAAUCUUCAAACGGAAGAUGGGGCAACGGAAAAGGAUGGGAAGGAAUGCUCUAAUCUACUCGUUCUGAUCGCCGAGCUCUACAACUUCCAAGUUAUUUCAUCUGCACUUGUAUUCGACAUCAUCAAGGAGCUUCUUAAGGCAGAGCUGACUGAGUUUAAAGUUGAAUUGCUGCUCAAGAUUGUGCGGGGUUCAGGCCAACAGCUCAGACAUGACGAUCCGUCGGCCUUGAAGGAUAUAAUCCAAAUUGUGCAAGGCAAGGUGUCGCCAAAAGACGACGGCAUUAGCUCACGGACGCGCUUCAUGGUCGAAACCUUGACUAAUCUCAAGAAUAACAAAUUGAAGAGGAACUCAACUCAAAAUCAAGGCGGAGCUGCUGUGGAGAGAAUGAAAAAGUUCCUUACUGGUCUCAGCAAGACUCGCCAUGUCCUCGCACAUGACCCUCUACGGGUAUCACUUGAGGAUCUUCAUUUGGCAGAAACCAAAGGUAAAUGGUGGCUCGUUGGCGCUGCGUGGGGUGGAGACCCUCUGGUAGACAAGCAAGCGGAGUUUACCAAAGCGAAGGAUGUGGCUCAGGAAGCCGAUGCUAUGCCCGACGACUCUGCCAACCUGCUUAAAUUGGCUCGUGCGCAAGGGAUGAACACCGAAAUCCGUCGUGGAAUAUUCGUUGUUCUGAUGAGUAGUGCUGAUUACACCGACGCAUGCGAAAGACUUGCUCAAUUAAACCUUACCGAAGUGCAACAACGAGAAAUCAUCCGAGUGUUACUUCAUUGUUGUGGAAAUGAGCGUUCUUACAACCCAUAUUAUGCUUUGGUCUACCAACAGCUUUGCCGCACAUCCCAUGCAUACAGGAUCACUCUGCAGUAUAGCUUGUGGGACUUCCUUCGGGACCUUGGCGAGUCGAAUGUUGGCGGAGCCGCUAUCGUCAAGAAUCUUGAAGACGGUGAUGGGUUCGACUUGGAGGAGAUUUCGGAGGUUCGCUUGCGGAACACUGCUCGCGCGUAUGGUUGGUGGAUCGCCAAAGAUUCCGUCAGCCUUACUAUCCUGAAGCCUCUGGACUUCACUGCGCUCAAAUCAACAACACGCAGCUUUCUCAGAGAACUUUUCACCCAGAUCUUGGUCAACAGCCAACGAUCUGCGCCGAUUGUCUCCGAUGUCAGGAAGACGACAUUCACGCGCAACCGUAACGUCGUGGAAGAGAUAUUCAUCAAAACCUCGCGUGUGCAAGGGUUGGCAAUGGGCCUUGUGUACUUCCUUUCCAAUGCGUUCCAAGACAAACUGGAUACGGACGAUGAAUUCAGCAAGUUUCUUCAAUGGGCCGUUGGUGUUGCAACGGAGACAUUGCGUACAGGUGUCGCUAUUGUGCCCACACUAUAA